CAGCUCCGCGCCACUGCGUUCCUGCGUCGCGGCGCAUGGGAACUACGCCAGGGUCAAUGUGGCCGGUCUGCAGUCGCUCUACUGAUACUGUUUGGACUGGGGAUUUUAAUGUUGGGUCUCUGUGUCUCUCCCCCGUCCGAAAUGGCCGCACUGGCUUCAACUCUGUCGUCAAACCUCCGGGUGAAGCUCCAAGCCAGCGGUGACGCGAACGCUUUACGGUGGGGCACUGGCAGUGACGUUGUAAUCCUGAAGGGUCAAAGGUUGCAGCGAAUUCCUCCUCCUCGAUACCCCAAUGGAGUCAAUAACACGUUCCAGUGCGACCUGCCGUCGCUGCGGUUCCAGUGCGACCUGGACAGCGACAAAGGCUGCAAAGCUUACCCGCAAUUGUUUCCGUCUGUGGCUCUGUUUGACAAUUGGAAACCUGAAAGCACGGCUCAAGUGCCUGCCUCCAUCUUCGACAGCAUUUGCCACUUUAACGUCUCCGAUCCGUAUGAAUUUCGGUUGGCUCAGAUGUUUCGAGAGAUGGAGGUGCCGUUUGUUGCGUAUGAUAUUCCAGAGCUCACGUCAGCUGCGGAGCGCUGGACGGAUGAGUAUUUAACGGAGAAGCUCAAUCCGACGGCGUCGUACAAGGUGCACGUGGCGAACGAUAGUCACUUUAUGUAUUACCUCAAAAGCAAGCAACUUACUGGCGAGAAGGACACCUCCUCCUAG